AUGAUUCGUGAGACUGAAGAAAUCGCAGGUACACAGAACUGGCCAAGUUCUGCAUCCCAUGAGAUCAGGAUUCUCUUCAGCCUCUUGAUCGCCUUCUGGGUGCUGUCGCAGCUGCCGCGAGUCGAGCGUGCGCUCGGCUCCUCCAAGCUCUUGCUGGGCGCUGCCCUGGCCACUGUGGCCAUCAACCUCCUCUUCCUGCUCAUGGUCUUUCUCCUUGACUCAUUGAGCCAGCUUCAGGGCCAGGGCUCCAUGUGGCCCUUUAUCCGGAGCCACGGCCUGAUCCCUUUGGGCAUCUAUGCCAUAACACUCCAGAGCCUGCAGGCAGGGGAGGCGGAGACUACUUUCUUUGGCAUCCCAAUGAAGGCGAAAUACUACCCCAUGGUCCUGGUCGCUGUGUUCGCCCUGCUGAACGGACCAGCUGUGCUGCCUGAUGUGGCAGCCCUGAUCAUGGGCUAUCUGCAUAACCGGGCUCGCCUAGAUGCGAUGCUUCCCUCCGAUGGCAAGCUGCAGAGAUGGGAGAACUCACCUUUUUCCUUUGUGCUCGGGCGGCAGCUGUUUGGGGGCCACUGGGUCCAAGUUGGCCAGGCUGGGGCCGGGCUCGCCACGUGGGGUGGCGCAACACUCCCGCGGCACCAUGUCAUCCGGCCAAACGCUGCUCCUGCCGGUCCCGCACAAGGUACUGAGUUUCGAGUUUUUCAAGGUUCGGGCCAUCGACUGGGCUCUUGA